AAUUUUUUUGUGCAUAUUUCAGCUGUGUGUAACCCAAAUUUCAGCUCAUUAACAUUUCAAAAAAAAGUCAAAAGUGUCCGUUUUACCCCAGCCUCCCCUAAUCUUCGCGAAGCUUCACGAUUUACGGUAAAAGAUGCCCAACUCUAGUCAUGUCGUCUUUAGUCGACUUUCGAACAUCAGUUAUUGGAUAUUACUGGGCUAAAUGACGCACUUAUUUAUAAGUUGUCCUCCGGCUCAUCCGAAUGCCGCCAAAAUAACGCCAUCUUUCGGACGCCAUUGGGAAGACCUGCACUAGGAGGGGUUGCAGUGGUUGCAAUCAUGGCGACGUUGAUUGACAACUACGAGCAACAAUACGCGGUUCUAACUGCGGACAUCACAGCGAAAAUCAGUAGGAUAGCGGCGUUGACUGGGGGUGAAAAACGCGCGUUCAGUCAGGAUGUCGAUCGACAGCUCGAGGAAGCGCAGGAGUUGUUGGAGCAGAUGGAGUUGGAGGUGCGGGGAACCUCCGGAAACCAGAGAGAACGACUCAAGAGCAGAGUGGAGAGCCAUCGAGCCGAGUUGAAAAGGCUCUCGCAGGAGUUUCAAACAGCGAAGAAGCCGAAGGAGGACGCCAUCGAUAUGGGUCUCGACGACAAUUGGGACAGUGGAGUGACUGAAGAUCAAAGGAAGAGGCUCCUGGAUACUUCAGAGAGGAUAGACAGAACUGGAAGAACUCUGCAGAAUGGGUACAGAAUGGUUCUGGAGACUGAAGAAAUUGGAUCUCAGGUGCUGAAGGAUCUUCAUGACCAGAGGGAGACGAUCCAAAGGAGCCGCGGAAGGUUGAGAGAAACAGACGCAGAACUGGGUCGAGGCUCUCGCCUCCUCUCAACCAUGAUCUUUCGAUCAAUCCAACAAAGACUAAUCCUAGCAGCUGUCGUAGUUGUUCUCGCAAUAGUCGGCUGUAUCGUGAUAUACUACAGCUUCACAUCUCGAAGUUAAGGUACAUGUGAUGAAUUAAUUAACCAAUUGAUUAAUUAAAACCUCCAGGAACUUUGGAGAGGGGCCAUGAACCCCUAGCUACCAGAAGCGCCUGUCCGAAGUGGCCUAACGCAAUUUCUAAUCAGUUAAUCAUCAUCAAACGAAGAGAGCAGUAUUUAUUUAUUAUGGUUGUUGAUGUUGUGAUUGAUGUAAAGAUUAUGUUUAUGCUAAUGCAUUCCACUGUGUUUUGAGAGGUGACUGAUAGAUAUGAAACUGUAAAUGAUUUAAAAUUAAUUGUAAAUAAAGAAAUUAAUA